GGGCCGCCAAAAUACCCCUUCCGCAAACGGGACAAGAUGCUCUUCUACGGCCGCAAGAUCAUGCGCAAGGUCUCCCAAUCCACGUCCUCCUUGGUGGACACCACCAUUUCCAGCGCCUCGCGGCCUCGGAUGAAAAAAAAGCUCAAGAUGCUCAACAUCGCCAAAAAGUUCCUGCGCAUCCAGAAGGAGCUGCCCACCCUGCAGCUGAAGGAGCCCCCUCCCUCCGUGCUGGAAGCCGACUUGACCGAAUUCGACGUCGCCAAUUCCCAUCUGCCCUCCGAGGUCCUUUACAUGCUCAAAAAUGUCCG